UUCAUAUUCAUAUAUAUCCUCUCUCUCUCUCUCUCUCUCUCUCAAUAUCGAACUUUCACAGCUGAGCCCAGUUGCUAACCUGCGCACCUCAACCUCAGGCGAUGGGCGUACUGCGCCACCGCCACCGCCACCGCCGCCACCACCACCAUUACAUCAGGCUAUCAACUCUCAUCACAGCCUUCACUUUCCUCUUGUUCACCUCAGCCUCCUCAGCCAUAACCAGUCAAACCCAACUCGGUGGUGGGCAUCAUUCUCAUCAGCAGCAGAAGCAGAUAGAGGAAUAUCAAAUUGGGUCGUCGGCAUUGGAGCGAGUUGAGACUCAGAAGAGUCGGCUGGGUUCAUCGCCACCGAGUUGCAGAUCCAAGUGUGGAAGGUGCUCGCCUUGUAAGGCUGUCCACGUGCCCAUUCAACCAGGUGUCUCUAUACCUCUCGAGUACUAUCCUGAAGCUUGGCGCUGCAAGUGUGGCAACAAACUCUUCAUGCCUUAAAAUUUUAAUUAUAAUUAGAAACUAAAACUACUUGAUUUAUUAAUUACACUUAAGUAAGUAGUACAGUCAAAUAUUUAAACACUGCACCUGAUCUGAUCUUUAGCUUCUCAAUCCAAAAAUCUGUCACUAAUUAUAUUAUUAUUAUUGUCAAUUAUUUCCCACUAUUUGUUAUCAUUAUAUUCUUGUUAAACAUGGCAUGGGGCGACAAGUGAGAAGGUGUUGGAAAUGUAACAUUUUAGGUGUGGCUCU